AUGGCCAAACAGGGAACGGCCAUGCUUUUCGUGCCACUCAUUAUUUUAUUCAUAAGAAUCCCAGUCGUCAAUACAGGAGACGAGAGACCGGCUGAGAGGGAAGCAGUCCUGAAAGAGCUGAUCUCACUCUGGCGCAAAGGAGGGGGGUGGUUUGCCCCCGGAGAGCAGCCCGCCACAGUCAGAACACAAGACCAAAAGAUCCAAACCGCAGUGAGAAACAUUGUUGGCAGCCUAAAAACACUGGGGCUCCUCCCUGCAAAGAGCGUGAACCUCCCUCGUCUUGGAAAAUCUCUGGACACCAACCGGCUGUCGGGGUUCCUCUACAACAUCUCCAUGUACCUGCAAGGAGCGUCGGCAGAGUGGGAGGACAGGCCGCAGUCCUCUGAUCGGGAUCAGUUUUGGGAAAAACUGCUGUACUCUCUCCUCCAGCCUGAAGGGGGCGGCGCAUUUGGGCAGUGGGAUGACAAAAUCCCACCCAGGCCCAGCUUUAGCCUCCAGGAUUUCUUCCUGUCCCUCAGGGGCAGCCCGCACUGGGACGGCCUGCUGGGACUGCUGCAGACCAUCCUGGGCAUCACAGAGCGGCAGCCGCCCGGGUCCUUCCGCGACUUCCUCUCCCAGAACUGGAAGACUGUGAGUGCCCUUUUGGAGACCGUUCUCCAGGCCCUCGUCAGUGGGACCUAUGGGCAGGCCAGCGCAGGUGUCCAGGGAUUCAUCUGUGUCUUGCAGGGACGCAGUGACUGCGCCUUCAACACAGGCUGGCUGCGGCAGCUCAUGAGCUUUUUGGAGACACGGAACUGGAAGCCCGUGGUGAAUUUUCACUCUGAAGGGGUGAGCAGAGAGCAUCAUGGAGGCCCUCCUUCUUUUGGUCGUUUGAAGCCCUUCAGCAUGAUUCCAGGGGCCUUAAAGGAAGAGGACCUGCUGAUCAACCAGACCGAGCAGGACACAGAGGAUCUGGGCACCAUGCAGAACAUCUUUCUCCAGGCUCUGUCACGGUCCACCACCGGAGAGAGGGCGGGGCAGGCUGUGGAGCCUAACCCUGCACUUGUGCAGGGAUUGGAUACCAUCCGGCGGGGUCUCCUGCACCGAUUGGGCAGCUCGGUGUAUGGCAACCUGAGGAGGAAGGUGUCCCGGGUAACUGUGGCCCUGCUGGACGACGUCUCCAGCCUUGUGGGCAUGCCACAGGGUCGUGGGGGGCAGUGCUCUGUGGGUGACCUGAGACAAUUAAUUUUGUGGGGGAUCAGACAUAAUUUGACCUGGAACGCACAGGCGUUGGGCUUCAAUUCGCAGGGCCCCCCCAGCAGACCCCCCUUCAUGUCCUGCUCCUCCCCUGGUGACGAGGGCCAGGCCUCCAGACCCCAGCCUCCCGCUCGCAGGCCCAAGUCCCUCCUUCCCCACAUGCUGAUGAGCGAAGACUGGGACCUGAGAGAGGCGGACUACCCGGCCUCGGCUGAGAUCCUGGAGGCCGCCUGUAACGAUUCUAUCCCAGGGCUCACUGGGGUGUCUAACUUCACAGUGUUCCUGUACUGUAAUCUGUUCGAUGGGCCCGGCGACGCCCUGGACGCUGAAAUGGGGCCCGUCGGGCCGGAUCUGCACGUCACGUGCUCCGACGCGGCCUGGUAUCUCUCUGCGGCGGAGGAAGACUUUUUGUGGGUGCACGUGUGCAGUGAGUUUUUUGCACAAGAGUUCAACAACACUGUUUGUGCCAACGUGUCCUUCUGGCUCCAGCGAGCCCAUAAGGCAGCGAGGCCAAAGGACUACCAUUACAUCAAUCAGUCCAGCAUUGAUGAGCUAUGUGUUGAAAUCUCCAGCGAUGUCCCUGGAGGCGCUGGUCCGGAUGCCAGUGAGGACUGCCUGGCGCAGCUGGGGGCCCGCUCUCUGAAAGCGGAGGACUUCAGGAGGUGUUUUCUGCCCAGCAACACGGCCCUCGUCACAUCCCUGUGUGGAAAUGAGUCCGCUCCAUUCCCGCAGGAGGGGGGCUGGGUGGCUGGAUAUUGCUCUAAAGUCCACAAUUCCUCCCACAUGCAUCUCUCAGCGGAGGCCUGUAGGUACAAUACCUGGGCACCAGAGGCCUUCGCCAACCUGACGCUGCUGAAGCAGUGCGGGGGCAGAGAGGGGCUGCGGGAGCACGUCUGUCGCAAUGCCACGCUCUACCUCCAGCUGGUGGCCACCCACCCCUGGCUGUUCGACUUCUGCACUGAGCCGGGAGCCGAGCCAGAGGACGCUAAGUGCGUCCUACAGCAGGUUUUCGACAUGCUGCCCGCCCCCUACGACUUUGACACCUCGCAGCUCUGUGUGAACCCCGCACCCUUCCUGCUGGAGGCGCUGUACAGGCUGAGUCAGUGCGAGGGGGCGGGGGACGAGCGCGUGGGCUGGCUCGGCACGGUGGGCUACGUGCUGCGCGUUCUGGACUUUGUGGUGGGGCUGUCGGCUGGGCUGGAGGAGGGCGAGAACGAGGUCCGGCAGGGGCUGGGCCAGGCCAUCCUGCUGUCCAGUCUCCUCGACAACGCCUCGUUCUGGGCCACCCUGCGGCCCAACGCGUCACUGAGCGUGCUCCAAACAGUCGCUGUCUUUCUAAAGAAGGAGCAGAACCCCUCUGUCAAGGAGGAUCUCCUGAGCUGCUUCAGCCCUGUACUGUGGGACCUUAUUCAGAAGGAUGACAACUCCUCUGCGCUCAAAGUCCUGCUCCAGGAGUACCUUCAGAUGCCAAGAGAAAGUAUCCGCACAAUGCUGAUGUCAGCAGAAAAAGAUGCCGUAAAAAGGUUCCUUUCACAUAUGCACCAGAGCUGGAACCAGCUGCAAGUAGAGACUGCUCAGGCAUCCCAAAAGGAGCAGCAGGCCAUGGAGACAAUGACCUCUGCCUUCAUCCACAAGUUUCCACGAGUCACCCCAGACCUCUUUGUUGACCUCUCUCAAUUCAUCCCCUUCAUGUCCGUCUCAGACAUCAUGAGCUUUCCAGCCUCCUUGAUGGUCAAUGACAGUGUGUUAAUGGCUAUCCGUGAUCAUAGCUCCGGCAUGAAGUCUCAGCAGAAACAAGCUUUUGUGAAAAGACUCCUGCAGUCUCAGGUGUUGGGAGAGGUCCCUUCCUGGCCACCAUACUUUCUGAGUUCCAUCCUGCCCCUGCUCCCACACCUCCCCAUCUGCCAUUUCCAGCAGCUGACCUCACCGCAGCUCAGUCCCCUGGUGGAAACACUGGGAAACAGCAGCUUGGAUGGUAUAAGGGGGCGCCAUGUCCUCCGCACUGUCUUCAGUGAGAAGAUGAACCUCACCAGCGACGAUUUUCUGAGGUUGGGGGUUCUAGGGUGCUAUCUGAACACAGAGGAGCUGCAUCUACUUCUGUCAGCCUCCCCUCUCUCCCAGCCUCUGUGGCAGCGGCUGGCCCUGUGUGUAUCUGACGGCCUCACCAGCGCGUCAGGCAGGCUGUCCCACUGGCUGCUCCAGGCUUUGAGGCCCCUGAAUGGCAGUGCCCUGUCCUCACCAGCACUGAGGACCCUGCGUGGGCUCCUGCCCCACCUGGGAGCCUCUUUCUUGCAGGAGUUCCCCACUCCCCAGGUGCUGGACCUGCUCUCUCAGCCAGGCAUGCCCAGGUAUCCCCCUGCACAGGCCUUUCAAAUACUGUCCAGCCUUACACAACAUACUAAUCUUAGCAUGGACACACUGUGCAGGCUGAAGCCCCUGCUCCCAGGUCUGUCCCCCACAGCCCUGAGGGACCUGACCUGGCCUGGGCCCGGGGAAGGUCCAAACUGUCAGUGCUGGCGCCCCCUACUGGCAGACCUGCAGCCUGCCCACAGGGCCAUGCUCUAUGCCACACUACAGCAGGCCCUGGACCAGACCACGUUGAACACCUCUCAGCAGCUGCGCUGUGUUCUACCUUUCAUCCCCCUGCGGAAACUAGCAUCAGAAAUAGACGGAGCGACUGUCCUGAGACAACUCCCACUCUACAAACACCUGCCCUGGUCACCUCAGCAGGCUCAAUUACUUUUCAAGAAGAUCCUUCAGGCCAAAAACAUUACACAAGAAACUGCAGUAACUUUAGGGCACAUCGCUGGUGGCAUGGGCUGUGAUUGGUUAAGGCUGUGGGCCAAUGAGUCAGACUUUUCUGAGUUGGUGCAAUUUAUCAGUGAACUUCCUGGAGAAAUGAGACCAGCCCUGCGGAAAUGUGUCACAGAGGAACUGCAGAAGCGACCAGAGACAGAUAUGAAUGUUCUCUCCCCAUCAUUCUCUGCGAGAUUACCAGUGAAGAUGAUUGAAAAGCUCUCCAAUAUUUCACUGGUAGCAGUCCUGGACUACAUCCAGCAGAACUUCGAUUCCUUCCUGCGGCUGCCCAGGCACAAGCAGACUGCACUGGCUGAACAGGCACUCUCUGUCCUGGGUAUCACCCAGGAGGAGAGCAUCUCAGGGGCUGUUCUGGACCUCCUGGGCCCCCUUCUGCCCUUCCUGGACAGGGACCUGUUUGGGCAGGUGAAUCGAGAGGCCCUGAGACAGCGGCUGGAGGAUCUAAAGGGCUACUGCCUGCCGCGGGACAUGCUGACAGAGAUCGCCAAGGUUCUCACAGACAGAGGCCUGUUUGGUGAGCCAUCAUCCUGGACUGUGGGUGAAGUGGAAGAGGCAGGCAGGCUGGUGUUCACUCUUUCUCCCCGGCAGAUCGCCUCUCUUCCCCUGGACGUCCUCAGCACAGAGACGGUAGAGCAGGUCCUGGAGGCUGAGAGGAGCUGGGAGGACAGUGAGGUGGGCAGAGGCUGCAGGAGUCUGCAGGAGCAGAGGGAGAAGAGAGAGAGCCUCCUCAGAGGGAUCAUCAAAGGGAGGGGCAGGAGGAGAAAGGAGCCCACCCCGAGCUGUGCCGAUAUCAAGGGGACGUUCCCCUCAGCGUGGAGGGCGGCUCAGCUGGGUCGGAUGGGGGAGGGCGAGCUGGGACGCUGCGUGGAGGUCCUGGGUCGGGACGGCUCCCUCGGACCCGAGCAGAGGCGAAGACUGUGGUCCAAACUGAGGCGGUCUUAUGGCCCAGUGAAGGCCUUAAGGCCUGCCCAGAUCCUGGAGCUCGGCUGCAUCGUCACAGAGAUGAACGAGCAAGAACUACAGGAGGCUAACCUGACUGAUCUGGGAACAGUGGCCCAUCUGGGGACCCUGACAGGAUGGAGCCCAAAGAAGAUGAGGGCAGCCACGCUGGGCUUCCUGCGUCGUGGGAGGCGCAAGGUGGAGGAUCUGGGAGAGACAGAGCUUGCAUCACUUGGAAACCUUCUCUGUGGACUCACCGCCUCUGAAAUCACACGUCUGGAUCCCCACAACCUCAGUUUGGCUGUCCUGUUCCUGAGAGAACUGGCCUUGCCAUGCGUAGAGCAACAGAUGGAGGCCCUGACCUCUCAGCUGUCCAGUCCCCUGGCCUUUGGACCAAUCAGCACCUGGGGCUCGGAGGUCUUUACUGAAAUUGGGACUCUGGCAGUGGGGCUGCCAGACAUGGUUCUCUCGGCCCUGGUGAGGGAACAAAUUGAAGGCCUGACCCCAGAAGCUAUCACCCUGAUUCCUUCUAGCAAGUUGGCGGUGGUGUUCAGUGCGACCCAGUUGUCCUGGCUCAGCCCGGAGCAGGCCUCUGCAGUGACCCAGGACCAGUGGACUGAGCUGGGCAGUGAACAGAGACAGUCCCUGGUCCAUGCGCUCUACGAAGGGGAAGUCGUACAUGAGCACAGGGGGAGAAACUGGGCCACUCCAGCAUGGUCAGUCCACAGACUGUCUGUCUGCAUACUACACCUGUGCUGUCUGUUAUGCCAUCUCUUAUAAAAAAAAACAGACAAAACAGCACCC